GCUGGUACCGACUGUGAUAGUUCUCUGGGGCAGUCUGGACACCCACGGUAAGAACUGAAGCCAGCCAGCCAGCCAGCAAGCAAGCAUGUUGUUUAUGCGGCGACCAACCCCCACCACCAUCGUUGGUGCUGGUCGGAUCUCUCACGCCAUUCGAUCCACCCUGCUCAACAACAAUGCGUCACACAACCGACAUCUGUCCAUACAGCAACUGGACGAGCAACGCAAGGACCGAGAGCGCAUUGUGAUCCUCGGCUCUGGCUGGGGCGGCUUCACCCUCUCGCGAAAACUGAGCGCCCGCAAAUACCAGAUUGUUAUUGUCUCGCCGCGCUCCUACUUCGUCUUCACUCCUCUGCUCGCCGGAACCUCAGUUGGCACCCUCGAAUUCCGAACCACCAUCGAGCCGAAUCGAGACUUCCGCGGAAGGAAAUAUGGCGCCGACUUCUUUCAAGGCUGGGCCGACCAGGUGAACUUUGGCGAGAAGACGUUGACCAUUGAAGAGGCCGUCGAAGAUCCGUGGGCCACAACGGCAUUGACCGAGAGCAAGCAUGAGCACAAGUCGAACGAGCAGCGAGGCAGAGAGGUCGAGGUGAAGGAAAAGAAGGGCGAGCUAUUCAAGCUCAGUUAUGACAAGCUGGUCUGCACAGUGGGAUGUUAUGCCCAGACCUUCAACACGCCGGGCGUCAAGGAGUAUGCCUACUUCCUCAAAGACGUGGGAGAUGCUCGCAAGAUCCGCAACCGUCUCCUAUCGUGCUUCGAGGUCGCUGCCCUCCCCACCACCAGCGAAGAGAUGAAGCGCACCUAUCUGAACUUCGCCGUCGUGGGAGGCGGUCCGACGGGCAUCGAAUGGAGUGCAGAGUUGUACGACAUGAUCCACGAGGACAUGAAACGCCUCUACCCGGAGCUCAUCCAGUACGUUAGCAUCACUGUCUACGACGUGGCCAACAAAGUGCUCGGCAUGUUCGACGAAUCGCUGUCCCAGUAUGCCAUGAAGACUUUCUCGCGCCAGGGUAUCCACAUCAAGACCAGUCACCACAUCGAAGAGCUGCGUCGUGGCGUACCGAAAGCGCAGGAAGCUUCGUCUGUCGUCAAGGAUGCUUCCCAUGUCUAUACCCUCAAGGUCAAGGAGGAAGGCGAAGUCGGUGUGGGCAUGGUCGUGUGGUCCACGGGCCUGUUGGCGAAUCCCUUUGUCCAAAACGGUCUCCAGGACAAAGUCAAGAAGCAUGAGCGGAGUGGCAGUAUCCUUACCAACGAGCGACUGCAGGUCAAGGACAAGAACGAUAGGCCCAUCGAAGACGUCUACGCACUCGGAGACUGUGCCAUUCUGGAAGGCACAGCGUACCCUGCAACCGCCCAAGUUGCCUCACAAAAGGCAGUGUGGUUGGCCAAACGCUUCAACAAAGGCGACAUUGAAUCCCAGGAGUUCACGUACAAGAAUUUGGGAGUCAUGGCGUACAUAGGGAACAAGAAGGCCAUUCUGGAAGGCAAGGGUGCGAAUAUCUCCGGCAGGAUAGCGUGGCUGAUCUGGAGAGGUGCAUAUUUGACCAAAACCGUGAGCUUGAGAAACAAGAUUCUCAUUCCGAUAUACUGGUCGAUUAAUUGGAUAUUCGGGCGAGACAUUAGUAGAUUCUAGAUGGUGCACACUUUGUCACCUUUUUCACCCACCACUUGCAUCAUAAGGACAUGUCACGCUACGAUGGUGUCUAUUUCAGUGGUGAGGAUGGACUCAAUCACAGCAGAGAAGCCUUCCAUCAUUCUCAUCCAUCUUGCGCAUGCAAUCUGUGGGUGCGAUGCGUAUGAAUGCAUGCCUGGGUCGCUCCUGCAGAUGUCGAUCUGAGUGUUGCUGACGGAAAUAUGUAUACGCAGCGUUGCUGAGUACGCCUGUGUUCCAGAAUUGCGUAGAGAUAUCUACCUGUACCCUCUUGAGUUGGGUCUAUCGUAUUCAUGAUAACAAGGUAUAGCGCUCCCCGAGAAUACCACCUGUAACAAGAAACUGUGCUUGUGCUCAACCCUUCUUGUCACCUUUAUCGCAGAACCCAGGGUCCUGUCUAAACCAACAAUUGUACCUCCUAGUAUCAUCGUGUAACAACACUACAUCAUAAAUGUAUGAGAUAUCCUCAAG